UUUCUUAGCGCAACCAUCUCAGCGAUCCCAAGUCGUGUGUGAGAAUCAAAAAUCAUAGUUAAAUACCAAACAUAACAGAACAGAACGAACAUGGUGAAAAGUGAAAUGGAAUUCAAGAGCAACUUCUCCAUCGACGCCAUUCUGGCCAAGAAGCCCAGCCCGGCGCAACCCAUCAAGACGGAGCCGGUGCUCCUCCAACACCACCAUCACCAGUAUGUGCACCCGUACUCGAACUCCGAUGGCGAGCUCUCCGCCUCGGAGGACUUCGACAGCCCCAGCCGGACGAGUACCCCGAUGAGCAGUGCCGCCGAAAGCCUCUCCUCGCAGAACAACGACAAGCUGGACGUGGAGUUCGACGACGAGCUGGAGGACCAGCUGGACGAGGACCAGGAGAGCGAGGACGGCAACCCCAGCAAGAAGCAGAAGCUGAGCGGGGGCGGCGACACCAAGAAGCCGCCCUACAGCUACAACGCCCUCAUCAUGAUGGCCAUCCAGGACAGCCCCGAGCAGCGGCUCACCCUCAACGGGAUCUACCAGUACCUGAUCAACCGGUUCCCCUACUUCAAGGCGAACAAGCGCGGCUGGCAGAACUCCAUCCGGCACAACCUGAGCCUCAACAAGUGCUUCACCAAGAUCCCGCGCAGCUACGACGACCCCGGCAAGGGCAACUACUGGAUCCUGGACCCCUCCGCCGAGGAGGUCUUCAUUGGCGAGACCACGGGCAAGCUGCGCCGCAAGAAUCCCGGCGCGAGUCGCACCCGCCUGGCCGCCUACCGCCAGGCCAUCUUCUCGCCCAUGAUGGCCGCCUCUCCGUACGGCACUCCCGCCCCGGGCUACGGCUAUCCGGCGGUUCCCUUCGCCGCCGCCGCCGCUGCCGCCGCCCUCUACCAGCGCAUGAACCCCGCCGCCUACCAGGCCGCCUACCAGCAGAUGCAGUACCAGGCCGCUCCCGCUCCGCCGCCGCCGCCGCCGCAGGGCCACCACCCCCAUCCGCAUCCGCAUCCGCAUCCCGCCCAGAUGCAGGGCUACCCGCCGCAGCUGAACGCCGAGCUCUUCCAGCGGAUGCAGUUCUUCGGCAAGUUCCCCUCCAGCUAAGCUCCUGGGCGGCCGGCGCCCAACCAAGCCCAGCGCUUUGGAUCAACACACCAAGGAGGAACCAGGACACCGCCGUCCCGCUCCAUUCCCCGCGAGGAACCCGUGACGUCUAAAUGCUGCAGUUUAGCAAUUUCUCGACCACUUCGCAUCUUCCGCGGGGCCCUCUGCAACGAGUCGACCUGGAAAGUCGAUGGCUGCGCCAUGGAAGAGGAGCUCUUGAGUCCCAAGGCUCCGGGUCCUAAAGUGAGGCCCAUUCCUGCCAGCCGAGGGCCUUUGCCCACCCGUUUUUGUAUAUAUCUUAGGAUAAGAUUGAAUAUCAAAAAACUAAAAAAAAAAAUAAUUAAAUGAACAAUAUAUUUAAAAACAAAAUUCAAAA